AUGGGUCGGGCGAACUUCUCCUCCGUGAAGUGCAAUGAGGUGGCAGUGUAUGCCGACACACACUCCAGACGAGACAUCGAAACCGCUACAAACUGGACGGCGGGAGCAUUUCCGAGCUGCGACGCGCUGCAUGCAGAAGACGUGAUCUACGGCGAUCCGGACAAGCAGCUGUUUAACGACGGCACCAACGAUACGCUCUGUCAGUAUCCUUCCAAGGAUGUGAUUUUGGCCCUGCUUGGCGGCUCCGAUGGCGGUUUCGCAGCUCUCCGUGAUUCCUGGGGAUCUGAGAUCGACACGAUCGAUCGCGUCGUGAACUGCUGCCCCGUGAAUAUGUGUGGGACCCAACCCUGCAACUUGA